CAUACAAUAACUCAUAUAUCAUAUGAAAUAAUUAUCUAUUGUUUUAUUUAACACACAAUCCAUACAAUCCUUUAUAUGUGAGACUUAUUAAGCAAUAAAUGUAUUGUUUUUGUCAACAGAUAACAAAAAGCUAAACAAAAACAUAUAAAUAAUUGCCAUUAAUGUGACCAAAGUUGUGACCACUGGACAGACAUGCGAUUCAAUGAACGGGAGUUAGUUGUGUAUUCGUCGGGUUCGGCAGUCAAAGAGGGACGCAUUUACCACAAGAAUGCAAACUCCGGCUUCAGAGAAGGAUAUAAGGAGCGGUGGUUUAAACUAAAGGGAAACCUAUUAUUUUAUUAUCGGGUCAAUGAAUUUGGAGGCGUUUAUAAUAAAGAGCCGAUCGGUGUCCUCAUCAUUGAGAUGUGUCGCGUCCAGAGAGAGGAUGACUUAGCGCUACCCUUUGCCUUCAGCUUAACUUUUGACAGCGAUUUAGAUAAGAAACACCUCUUAGGCUGCGCUAACCAAAGACAAUGUGAUGAAUGGGUCCAAGUGUUGAGUCAAUGCAGUUAUCAAAACCAAAGAAACAGAUUAUUGGAGUUAAAAAAAGAGAUUAUGGAUAUCACCGGAACUGAUCCGUUAGCUUCAUAUUCUUACCAAAAUAAUGAUCAAAAUGUUUCAAAUGAUUCUCAUUUAAUACAAUUAUAA